UGUGCGGUAUCGCUGACCAUGGCAUAUAGGCCAUAGGCUGCUAGAGUCUAGAGUAAACGCAUAAGCAUCGUACAGAUGUAUAACAACUGUUUGCCCAAUUGUUGAGAAUUAUUUAUUCUAGUUAUUAGGAAUCUAGUUAAUUUUGUAAAUAAUACAAAAACAUGGCUGCCAAAACGGUACACAAAAUUGCCACAUUCCUAGGAUUCGUCUCGAUUUUCCACGCAGCUUACUCAGCCGUUCAACGUGAGUGAUAUUGAGAUUUCGAUGAUUAUUAUGCGAUGAGCUGUAUGUUGUUCAACUACCGCUCCUAUUUGAGGAUAACAGAGCAAGAAUUUACAACGUUACCAAUAGAUAUAAUCAUACAAGGCAUCGCCAGUCUCUUUGCUGUUAUGUACGGGGUAAUGCACAUAGCUGGUGACUUCAAAGAAAUAAGAGCUGUUGUGGAUCUAGAAAACAAGUCAUGGGAAACACUGCGCAAUCUACCUUCAUUUCAAAUAUUUAACCAUCGAGGCAGGUCCUUAUCGCCGGAAUAUUUGGUGGCAGAAACUGACAGGAGAGACAAAAAGCGUUAAUGUCACAUCUUUUUUCAAAACAAAUUCUUCGAUACUGUGCACCAGAUGAACUUUAGCCAAUUGUUAUUGAAUAGGUAAUUUAAUAAAUUCUGAUGAUUAAUUAAGUGAGAUAGGAUUGCACUUUAUCACUUUUUUGCAUUGGAGAAGUGCAAUACCAAGAUAUGCAUUGUUACGUGUGAAUUCUGGAGUAUGUCUGUAAAGUCACUUUAUUACAAAGCCAUGAAAUAAAUUUUUAUCUCAUUGAA